AUACAUAUAUCAACGAGUAUGUCAAAUAUAAUACAGCGAAGUUCUGCAUAAUUUUGUUGUACCUGCGCCAUCACAGGUACGGCUCCUCUCUCCAUCGACUGCAGACGUACCGCUUAUGUGCUUGACUGGGUGUCCGGGGUGGUGGAUGUGAAUGUGGAUGAGUGGCAGGAGGGCGCAGGCGCAGCUCAGAACAGCCAAGUUGGUCUGGACUCCUGGCGGCCCAUCGCAUUCCGUGGCCAGUCGCAGCGUGAGACGGUUAGCCAGUUAGCCAGUGCGGACCGACUAAUUCCCAAUUUCCGCUCUUGACUAAAGAUUAGAAAUAAAGAAAGAAAUAUCCUUCGUCCGUCCCCUAGACGAAGCAGGUCAAUUUUUUUUCCGUGUUACUUGCUCUUUUUCGCCAAGUGUGAGUUGUGUGUUUUGGCUUGGCUUACGUGAUUGAAAUCGAGACAGCCCGGACAUCAUGAUUGUCAACAUGCCCGUCAAUGGAACGGGCAGUGCAUCCAGCCCCACAUCGAAUCCCAGCAGCAACAACAACAACAAUAGCAGUACCACCAAUCAAAAUGAUACGAACAGUAAUCUUCCCGGUGAUUACAACUUUCUUAAGCGCAAGUUCGACGAUCAGGAGGAUCUGGCUUUGGGCCACGACUACGAGCCCAUCGGGCCGAAUCCCUGGAAGAAGCGACACUUGGACUACGAUGCCGGGGAUCUGCACUUCCACCUGCAGCUGGAACAGCCACCUAGUAAUCCGCCAACCAACGCUGCACCCGCCCAAUCCUCGACGUCCUUCAUCAACGAUCUCUUUUCCUAUGAGAGCAGUCUUCUGGUGCCCGCCGUCGCCUAUUCGCACUGUCCACCAUCGAGUGCUCCUUUGGAUGACAAUGGUGGUUGGACCGGUGGCGAGCUGCUGGAGCUGGAUCAUCGCUAUAACUCCGGCCUGCAGGCGGAACUAGGACAAUUGAAUCCCACUUUGCCGCCGCCACCACCAACAUCAUCAUCAGCUCAAAAUGCAUCCAAUCAUACGCACCAGUCAACACAACAGAAUGCCAGUCCUGGACAGAACCCUCAUCAGAAUCAACAUUUUCUGGUGCCGCAGAAGCAGCGGAUACAGUCGGCGGGCCGACGCACCUCAUCCGGUUCGGUUAGUGGGGCCAAUGAAGCCACCGAGGCGGACUUCGAGGAUAAGAACCUCUCGUGGCUGCUUAACUUUAAGUUCGACGAGUUCCCUCACCUAUCGCCGCACAAUCAGGUUCACGGACAGGCGGUCAAUCUGCCGGAGGGCAGUGCUCCACCUCAUCCACAAUCGACGGCAGUGCCAAUCGCCACGUCGCCCUGCAGUUCCACCUCGCCAUCAUCCGCCUCCGCCGCUUCGGCAUCCGCAUCCGCCACAAGCAUAAAUCAAUCCCUCGGAUCGGGUAUGGUGGAUCAACGGGCCAGAUCGCCCAAGAGCUGCUCCAGUGCAGCGAUCCCAGCGGCAUUAGCAGGAGGAAGCAACGGCUCCGCUGGCGCUUCAGCAGCGGGGGGCGUGGUCGGCGUGGGCUCCACCAAGACUGGGCGCAAGUUCGAGGAGCUGGUGAUGGAGGUCACCUCGGAGCUGGACGGUAACGACAUGAUAGUUGCCGAGCACGUUGUCGUCGAGGAUACUUCGUCCAAGGCCAGGCCAAAGAAACCACCGUUCACCUACACGGAGCUCAUCGAAUACGCCCUCGAGGAUAAGGGUGAGCUGACUGUGUCGGGCAUAUACCAAUGGAUAUCCGAUCGUUUCCCCUACUACAAGUCGAAUGAUGAUCGCUGGAAGAACUCCGUUCGACAUAACCUAUCGAUUAACCCACAUUUUCGGAAGGGAGUUAAAGCGCCCCAAGGAGCCGGUCACCUGUGGGCCAUUUCCAGCGGAGAUUCCGCCGAGAACGUUCUGGCCUGGGAGCAUAAGAAGCAGCGGCUAGAUUUGUUCUUCAAAAUGGAGUCGAUUAACCGUGAGCGAAUACAGCAGCAUCAGCAACAGCAGCAACUGCAGCAGCAUCAGCAGCAACACCAGCAGCACUCGCCGCAGCAGCAGCAACAUCCGGCGGCACAGCAGCAACAUAUGCAGGCCAGUAGCUGCAUGUACGAUGAGGCGGCGGUGGCAGUUGCUACUCUCACCCAGGAAAUGAUGCAGACUAACAGCGGCGGUGGCAGCACUGAGGCAAGCCAGCAGCAGCAUCACCACAACAGCCACCAGAAUCACCAAAAUCACAAUCAACACCACCAAAGACUGCUGCCCUUCAACGAUCUGUUGAGCGACGAUGAGCUGCGAAAGACGGCAGGUCAAAUACUGAAUGGUAUCCAUCGCGAGGUGGAGGUACAGUCGGUCAACUCUAUUAUCAGCACCUACCACGAUGUCCUGUUGGAUAAUGACUAUUUGAAUCCCAUACACAAGGACGUGGUGGUAACGGAAAGUGUCCUACGGCAGCAGCAUGGCACCAACGUGGGCGGGGGCAGUAACAACCAAAGUAACCAAAUGGGCGGCCAUAGCCACAUGGGUGGCGGCAACUCGCAGUACUACAUCACCGAAAUUGAUCCCAUGGAGCUCGGCAUUCAGAUGUCGCACCAAGUGGAGCCCUCCGAGGAGGAAGUACUCUUCAGCGACGAGUUCAACCUUAACUACUUUGGCUAUAAUCCGGGUAGCGAUAUCGUCGCUUGACCGCGCAGACAACAGACUCCAGUUUCAGCUCCUCCAGCUCCCGCUCAGCCAAGCAAUUGAAUUACCCAUAUAUAUAUAUGUGCAUAUAUGCAUACUUGUAUAUAUAUUGCUCGAUCUUGCUCCAUUCCAUGACAACAAUCGUAACUGUAGCCGAUCUACUCAUAAGCCAACUCUAAACAAAUACUAGUCACACUUGAACAACACUUACAUGUAACCACCUAAAUCAAACCCUACUUACCGUUUACCAUUUAGACCAUAUGUAUAGUCUAGUCUUCAGUGUACCAAAAACACCCCUAAUCCAUAUUUUUUUGUCUAUACUUUAGUUAAAUAUUUAGCCGAUAGGUAGCUUUCUAGCCCUAAGUACUUAUUCGUUUAUCUGCUCAAGUAUCUAUUUGCAGAGAUUACAUAAAUAGAUCUGGCUCCUUUUCGAAUUUAGUUAAGUGUUUUUACAUGUAGCUGAAUAUACAUGAAUACUACCAGGCAGAAUGAUAUCCUCUCCACUCAGAUGUUAACAAAAAUUGGAGCUAAAGAGCAGUCGAAGUAGUACUAAUCCUAUGAGGUGGGGAAAGUGUUUAUAGUUUCCCUUACCUAAAUCCGUAGAACUAAUGGCACCUAACUGGUUUUAUUCAUUAUGGCAAAAUAUACCUUUUUUUUAUUAAAACCA